AUGAAGAAAUCUGGAAAUAAACAAGUACUUUCAAGAAUUGAUAUACCACCAAUGAUACCAGCUUUGUGUAUGGAGGGAUUAUCUCAAGCAGUAGAUACAUUCGUACCUGGCUCACAUGUUAUGGACGAUCUUCCGCAACAAUUACCUGUUUAUGAUAAAUCAACGGGCACAUUCAAAAGGUUUGUUAAUCGAAAAAAGAAGAACCAAAAGGAGAUAGUUAUCCCACCACCGCAAUCAAUUCAAGCCUCUAGAAAUGGGAAUGCACCAUAUGCAUCAUAUCGAAGAAGUAGCUGUAUGCCGGUGGUUGUGAAAAAUCCACAGAUGGUGUUGAGAGAAGAAACCAUGCUGUACCAAAAAUCCGUUGCUAAACAGUCCGAGGCACCAAGAAAUAAACCAUUUCCAACCAACAGGAUUAAUUUCCGCGAGGAAUAUGAUAGAUACUGUAAUUACACUUCUCGUAGCAGUUCCUUUGGUGAGACAAUUUGCUAG